UGACUGUCCUCAGCUUUACUUUAAUUUUUGUUCUAUUUAUUGGAGAAAUUCACAAUUAUUUUACCAAUGAUGAAGUUGAAUAUCGAUUUUCUGUUGAUACUGAUGAAACAAAUCCAAUGUUAGAAAUUGAUAUGAUUGUUGCUUCACCAUGCAAUAAUUUGGCAGUUAUGCCGAUGGGUGUUGAUUCAGUAGAGCCGACAAAAGAUGGAACGCAUAUAAAGAAAACUCCAACAAGGUAUGAAAUGAAUGAAGAAGAAGAAAAAUUAUGGGAAGCAUUAAAACGUGUCCAUCGUGAACAUUUUAAACCAGGAACUCCGUUGAAGGGACUUGAUCAGGUAAAAUAUGUUGGCAGUCAUAUUGAGGAGGGCUUAGAAUUGGCAGAAGAAGAAAAGGAGCGGUUAGAACGUUUAGAAUUGGAACAGCAACGAGCCAAAUUAAAAGAAAAGAAAGGAGAUGAUGAUGAAGGUUUUCAUGAAGAACAUAUUAUUAUGAUGAUUGGAACUGGAUUGGGCGUUUUUCAAAUUAUUGCUGCUGGUAGUGAACGAGGUGGAAGUGAUGAACUCGAAGAGGGAAGUGCUUGCCGAAUUAGUGGUAAAGUUCCAGUCCUCAAAGGAAGUGGUGAUCGUUUGACAAUUACAAUUGGGAAAUCUUUGCCUAUUGGAAAUAUGAUUCAACAUCUUGGGCCUAAUCAACAUGGAAAUAUUUCUCACAGAAUAGAAAAAUUUCAUUUUGGUCCACAUAUUUGGGGUUUAGUUUCUCCGUUGGCUGGAAAUGAACAAUAUGCUUCCAAACGUUUCCAGUACAGUCUACAAAUAUUUUAUUAA